AUGUGCGACAGCAUUUGCAGAAAUGAAAAAAAAUAUGUUCUAGGGCCUGCACCCACAUUUCUGUCGAAUACUGCCCACGAUUUGACUUGCGCUACUAUGGAGGAUUACGCUACAGGAGCAAAAUCGGUAAUCAAAAACAUAGUUCAAGAAACGACAAUCAAUGUACCAAAAAUAGAGUAUAAAGAGAAAAUCGUUCAUGUGCCCAGAGUUGAAUAUCGAACGUACCCAGUAAUUAAAGACGUGGAGAGACCAAUAUAUCAAGACAGAUAUAGAUAUAAAAAUGUGGAAAUUCCACAAAAGAAACUUCGAGUAAAACCAGUGUACAAGGUGGUAGAUGUUCCUAAUUACAAAUAUGUAAACAAAUAUGUAAAAAGAAAAUAUAAAAGAUUUCAAUAUGUUCCUAAGGAAGUACAAGUGCCAUUUAGACCAAGAAGAGAAAUAUAUACAGAAAUUCCAACUCCUAGAUAUAUCCCUCAAUAUGUAGAAAGUGGUCCCAUUACACCAGAACAUUUUUUUAAUAAUUCUUAUAAUAAUGAAAAACAAUUACCACUUUUCGAAGGAUACAAUGACAAUUUUUUAAGUAUGAUGAAUCCAUUUAGCAAAUAUAAUAACAGAGAAAAGGGUAAUUGUUUUUUGAGUUGUCUUUGUAAUGGAAAAAAUGAGGAAUCAAUUUAUGAAAUGGAUCCUCUACUUUUUUCAUCGGCACCGUAUACACAUAGUAAUUAUAAUUCAUGUGACAUGGAAAAAAGUUAUGAAUUUACUCCUGAAUCUUAUAACAUGUUACCAUUUAACACUUAUCCACUUGUUAUACAUAAAAGGAAAAAUAAUUUCUACGAUAAAAUGAUUGAAACAACUUCUAGUUUGUUGGCAGCAGCAGGAGUAUCUCUCAUUUUGGCAGGUAAAUUGAGUAUUCAAGGUAUAUCUCUACUUUUAGGGGGAAAUGAGAAAAAGGAAGAUUCAAUUAAAGGUACAUAUACUAAUGCAGAUGAAGGGAUCCCAGAUAACAAUAAUAAAGAUACACAAAAUAAGGGGAAUCAAAUUGAGGGUAAGCAAUUUGUGAAAAAAAGUGACAAAAAAAAGUAA